AUGGAGAUAGCCAGGAUCUUCCAAGAGAGCCAAACAAGUGGGGCAGGCCACCGCAAAUUGGUGGUGCAGAUGAAAAAAGAGCUAGACACGAGUGCGGGCAGUGACGCGCUGCCGUUAUUUAUUGAGACAUUUUGCCGGGCGGCAGUGCGGUUGUUACCAAUCAAGAAAUCCGAGCCUAGUGCGGAUCAAGUCGUCAAGUUUAUUGGCGCGUUUGUGGAGCAUAUCUCGCCUGAAAACGAAGAAGAGUCUGAGGAAACUCCAGAAUAUGUUUACACGUUUAUUGAAUCCCUUAUAGACUAUUUCAUGCGCGCCUUGACCGCCAAGGACAAAGUGGUGAGGUUCCGCGGAUGGCAAUUGGUGACGACAAUUCUCCAGAACUCAACCGUGCUGAGUGACAGCAUCUCUGAAGAGCUUCGUGUGGUUGCUCAGAACCGCUGCAGAGACCGUGAUCACUCGGUAAGGAUUCAGGUUGUUCUGACUUUAGUCUCCCUGCUCAACGAGCAGGAAAAGGAAUCCUACGAAGAAGUUGUCAAGAUACUGGUUGAUCUGAUGGAACAUGACACCAAUCCAGAAGUGCGCAGAGCUGCUCUUUUGAACGUACCGAAACGCAAAAGGCUUUACCCCAAACUGGUCGAAAGGUCUUUGGAUGUCAACUCUGUAAACCGCAGAAAUGUGUAUUCGCGUGUUAUACGUGAUAUUGAUGAUUUCCGUCUUCUGAAACUAGAUUUACGCGAAAAGCUGCUUUCGAAUGGUCUUGCCGAUCGCAAUGCAUCAGUUCGAAACGCUGCAACCAGUAUGCUUCUCAGCCAGUGGCUCCGAACCGUGGACAACGAUGUGAUCAAGCUGCUGGGUCGUUUGGACGUUCUCAACAGUCAGGUUGCCCAGCCAGCCCUUGUGGCGCUGUUCAAUGCCCGUCCUGACGUUGUUAAAGAAAGAAUAAGUUUUGAGCAGGACUUUUGGGAGAACUUGUCGCCAGAGGGCGCGUUUCUCGUCCGCUGCUGGAAUGAGUACUGUCGAGGCAAUAACCUGGUCGCACUUGCCGAAAUGAGACUGCCUGAUUUAUCUGAAUACGCUGAUCUGUUGGUGCUGUUUUGGCAACAGUACUGUGAAGCAGCAGAGGAGGAAAAGGCAGAUCAAGACUUUAUUGUUGAGCAACUGCUCACUGUCGCAUCUACUUAUGACUUUCGUGAUGAGUUUGGUCGACAGAAACUUCUACAAGUACUUGAUACAAUUUUGUCGGCCGGCAACGCUCCAAGUGAUGGCGUUAUUGCAAAAGCCGUUCAAGUUCUGCGUAAUGCGCUUACACUUGUUUCUGAUUUCAUGCUGAAGAUUGCUGAUAUUUUGGAUGAUCUCGAUGGCCCAAGCAAUCGAGAAAAUGAUCCGGAUAUCUCUAUCCAGCUCACAAACGUAUUGUUGCAGUAUUCUAUUAUCGACGCAACACUGCGCUGCUUGAAGCUGCCUUACGAUGACAUUGCAACCCUCAACUCUCUCUAUGAUCGGAUCAAUUUUGCUCUUCAGUCUACGGACUAUGAAAUUCUCAAUCGAGGUUUGGCCUGUCUUGGUUUGCUUUGCCUUCUCAGCAAGUCUCAAACUGAUGCCCACUUUGGACAGCUAUUGACAAUGUAUAAUCCCGAUGCUGUUGAGUACGAAGGCGAUGGUGAGAUCAAUGAAAUUGUCGUACAGGCCGCAUCAGAUGUGCUUUUGACUCAUCGUGUGUACCCAGAUACCGCCAAGCGUGCUCGAGACGUGAUUGCCAAUGGGUUCAGGCAAAGGAAUAUCGCUGCGAUCCGAACAGUGAGUGCAAAGGCACUGGCCAAACUGUUUUUGUCCAAUUUGUUCAGGUCGGAACUGGAGCUGUUGGGCGAGCUUGUGAGAGCAUACUUUUCAUCAGCAGAGCUUGCUGAACUCGAGCAGGUCUUGAGUUUCUUCGUUCCAGUGUACGCACUCACAUCCUCAGAAAACCAAGAACGCAUCGCCAGUCAGUUCAAUGUUAUCAUUGAUACUGAACAGGAGGACACACUAGACGUGCCAUUGCCAACUGUGCUGGCCCAACUAGUAGAGUGGACAUCACCACAACGAUCUGACAAUGCCCAGUCGACGGUGCACGGAGAUUUGGCUAUUUCAAUGCUCACGACUGCCAAAGACAGUCCUCCAGAGAUUCAGAAUGCUAUUCUCAGUGCAGCGGGGAAAUUGACCCUGAUUAUCACACCUGAACAGGCUGACAAAAUUAUGGAACUCAUCGAAGAGUCAAAGGAACAAGUAAACCGGGUCGGCCGGACAUCAUUGGGGGCAUUUGAGCGGCAUUUUGAAAAAACCGCUAGUUGCAAACCGAACCAUCAACCGAUCUUGGACAUACCAGCCGAAGACUGA